AUGGAUUCGUUUGUAAAUAGUGUUACGUGCCAGCAGGUUUCACCUGAACAGUGCGAGCAGAUGCUCCAGCUGUCGAGGGUCGACAGUACAGUGAGCUGCUCGAAUUUCAAGAAGAUUUUAGGUUGGUUUAAAACAGCACAUGCGGGUUCGUCAGAGGACAGAGCGUUGGCAAGCACUGUGGCCAACGUGUUGCUAAACUCGAGCGAACAGAGAAUGCAUGCUAGCCAAGACAGAUCUUUGAUCAAGUGCGUGGAAUCGCGCCUUUUCAAUAAUCCAUACGAUCUCCCAAGAUGGAGAAUCAUGUUUCUAAUGGCACAUUGCAAGCCUGAGGGACGGGAACAUGAGCAUGAGCAGCAGCAUGAGCAGCAAAGGGACCAACCAUUUGAUAGACUAUUGGCCCCAACCUGUUUCCAAAGAAUGGUGAGCGAACUGAGGAUGGAUUCGGAGUACAUGAACACUUUGUGCGAGCUCGGGAAGUUUUGGUACGCGCUCUGCUUCAACUACGGGUGCACGAUAACAAACUCCGUGUUGUACUGGAACAUCUUCACAGACUUCGCUGCAAAACCAUACAUAUCUGUCCCAGGGUUCCAGGACUGUUUGAUACAGUUUGGAUCCCUUUACCUUUUGGUGCACUCCAACGAGAUGUGCGUCGAAAAAACCACUGUUAAUAGAUUUCUUUGCAUAUUCGAGGACAAGUUUAACGACUGGUACACGCAAACCACUCGGGAGUGGUAUUGCUCUUUGCAGGAACACAGACUUCCCCAAAUACUCAACAUCCUGGAGCUGUUGAUCGCUUACUCUUCUCCCAGCUUGAAGCAGGAAAUUAGACAAUGCUUCUUGUCGUCUCAGAACUCUUUGCAUUGCCCCUUCGUCAAUUCCUCAUUCAUCAAGUUGAUCGAGUCCCCAAUCAACAACGUCUCCAACACUACGGCCUCCAUCCUCAGCUUGCUUCAUCUAAGGCACGACAAGUCGUCCCACUCUCUAAAGCUAAUGGCCCCACCACUUGCAUCACGUGACUCCUUAUCGUCCACCAAGUCUUCGGAUUACAUUACUUAUUCAGGACUGCCCACUCCUUCCGUCUCAUCCCAAGCAGACCCUGCGGUUUCUACAUUCUCCACGGCUGCCUCUUUCGGAUCUGCUUCGCCAGUGUGCGGACAGCCUUCUAACUACGACGACUGGUCCGAAGAAGAGCAGUUCCUGGAAGCUGAAAAGAUCGGGGCUGCCAUAGAAAGACUAAACGAAUUAGGUUUUGUGAAAAUGUCCACCGAAUAA